CAGAGAGAGAGAGAGAGAGAGCCAUGGCUGGUCUUCAAAGAUCUGCGGUAUCAUUCAGAAGGCAAGGUUCAUCUGGGCUUGUUUGGGACGACAAAUUCUUAUCAGGCGAAUUGAACCAAGUGAACCAGAAGGAGGAUAAUAAUGAUCAAGACCAUCACAAGUCUGAAAUUAAAGACCUUAAAGUAGCCGUCGACAGAUCAUCCAAGACCAUCCAGAGAAGCCGUUCAAACGGUGGCUACCGCACCGGAAAGGUGGCUCCGGCUAUCGAGCCGCCGUCUCCCAAGCUCUCUGCAUGUGGGUUUUGCAGCGCGUUUGGAAAGUCCGGCGGGGAUAGGGGUCAACGGAAGAGGAGAAAGCCAGCGAAACCGAGAUCAAGGUAAUUAUGAUUACAUAUUUUCUGGAUUUACCGGCGGCCGGAGGUGGGAUAUUCCGUCGGAGUGAGAAAAACAAGUACGAAUGUUAUGUUUAGUUUAGUGAUUUUCUCUUUCUAAGUUAAUAGUUAGAAGGUAGAAGUGGUUUUGUUUGAUCGAUGUUGGUUGGACUUGGACGUAUGUGAUUAUAUUAUAUGUUAAUAUUUUUGGGGUUGAAGAAUUUUUAUUUUAAUUUUUGUACAGAGAGAAAAAAAAAUUCUCAAAAUGGAAUAUUUCUCAUGAUUAUGCUUGCC